AUGGCCAAAAUUAUUCUAGCAUUGAUUUUUCUCUUACUCCAAAUAACCUCUUUCGUUGUGUUUGCGGAAGAGCUUGAAACUCUUCAUCACAAACCAACAACACCACUUCAUCCCCCAACAAAGUCACCGGUGCAUAAACCGUUGGCUAAACCCCCAACCCAUGCACCUCACCAUCACCACCACCACUCACCAUCACAUGCACCUUUACCUCCACCUCACCCUGCUAAACCCCUAACCCAUCACCACCACCAACAUCAACAUCACUCACCAGCCCCUUCACCCUACCAUGUUCCCACUCCUCUACAGCGUCCUGCAAAACCCCCAACCCUUCACCACCAUCAACAUCCUCCUGCUCAUGCUCCUACUCACAUGCCUCGUGUUUCAAGAAGCUCGAUAGCUGUUGAAGGAGUUGUUUAUGUCAAAUCAUGCCACCAUGCUGGUUUUGACACCCUAAAGGGUGCUACACUGCUUUUUGGUGCCGUUGUGAAGUUUCAAUGCCACAAUGCUAAAUACAAGUUCGUCCUUAAAGCCAAAACUAAUAAGGAAGGUUAUAUCUAUAUUGGAAGUUCAAAGAACAUUUCUAGCUAUGCAUCCGGCCAUUGCAAUGUUGUUUUGGAGAGUGCACCAAAUGGACUAAAACCAUCAAAUCUUCAUGGUGGUCUCACCGGUGCUCAUCCAAAAUCCGUGAAACGAAUAGUGUCUAAGGGUGUUUCCUUAAUUCGGUACACCGUUGACCCUCUUGCAUUUGAGCCCAAAUUUGUUAAAAAUGGCAUCUGCAAGAAGCGUUGCUUCAAAAUGUUACCUGAAAUAACUGAUGUUGUUGAUAGCAUUGAGGUGGACAACAUAACUGAACCUAUAAGCGACAUGCUUGACGUUUGUGAAGAUUGGGAGCGUCUCAAGAGAAAUCAUAAAGUCGAUGUUGUACUGGCUUCUCAUCUCGCUCGUUAUGUGAAAAACGGCAUCACAAAGUCCAUUGAGGAAACAUAUUCGUUCAAUCAUGAACUAGGGGAUGUGCGUGAGUCUAUAAAUUAUAAGCUAUGUUCCAACAUAUGUCUUAUCACAAAGAUUCGUGUUCAACCAUAUCAAGGAGAGAAAUAUUUGGCCAAGGAUGUGGGCACAAUGAGAUCUUGGUUCCUUAACUUCGAUCCUGCGAACAAGAUUUAA